UGCGUGAGCGGUUCGCUUAUAUUUUAAACGUUCUACAGUUAAACGGCAUAAUCGUCUUUGCAGUAAAAAAUUGUUAAUAAAACAUUUAUAAAGCAAUGUGUAGUGCGCGUCUAAAUUUUCAUACUAUCGGCAACACAGUCCUUAUUCUAAUUAUUUUUAUUGGAUUUUCUGCCGGGCUACGUCCAACCAACUUAUUGAAAACUACAGACAAUACAACUCGACAAACACCAAGACGUUCACUGCGUCUGCCAAACAGCACAUUUCCAUUACAUUACGACUUACAUAUAAAUACAAGCAUACAUUUAGAGGAUUUUGUCUAUAUCGGAAAUGUGACCAUUGACAUUGAGAUUAGAGAGUCCACAAAUGAGAUUGUCAUGCAUGCAAAGAAUUUAAGUGAUUUCGAGAUUAUCGUCUAUGAGUUACCAAGUGGCGAUGUGGUUACAGAUCUAACACACUCGUACGAUCCAUUCAGCCACUUCUUGAUUAUACAUCCUAUUCAACGUUACGUUGCCUUCGAGGCGGGUCAACUGUACCGUGUGCAAAUCCUCUUCAAGGGGCUUUUACAUAGCACAACUUAUGGCUUCUAUUGGUUUUCCUAUAACGACCAAAACAAUCGAACUGUUUACCAAGCAGCAACACAAUGUGAACCGACCAGUGCACGUUUGGCCUUUCCAUGCUAUGACGAACCAGCAUUCAAGUCGAAUUUUACAAUACACCUCACACACAGCGAUAUCUACACGUCCAUCUCCAAUAUGCCGGUGCGGCAGUUGAUACGACAUGAUGAAAGUAAUUUGGUUACAACAAGUUUCUAUCCUACACCGCCGAUGUCCACUUAUCUGGUGGCAUUUGUCAUCUCGAAUUUCGAAUACAUAUCGGAAGAAUAUCGUAAUGUAACACAACGCAUUUUUACUUCGCCCACAAUAGAGGAUAAAGGACACAAUGCACUGAAGAAUGCUGUGCGUGUGGUAGCCCAGCUGGAGGACUACUUUGGCAUUAAGUAUUCAUUGUCAAAACUGGAUCACAUUGCAUUGAACAAAAACUACGGUGCUGCCAUGGAAAAUUGGGGUUUAAUUACUUAUAAAGAGGAUACGUUGGUACAUCAAAAUGAUGCUGAUGUACAUAAAAAACUAAAGGACAUUCUAACACAGAACCAUGAAAUUGUACAUCAAUGGUUCGGUAAUUUAGUUUCGCCCGAAUGGUGGACGUACGCUUGGAUUAAUGAGGGCUUUGCUACGUACUUUGCAUACAUUUUGACAGAUUUGCUCUAUCCUGAAUAUAAAGUGAUGGAUUUUUUUUUAACCGACAUUGCUGAACGUGCGUAUGGUUUCAAUUUCAUAUCUGUUCGUCCCAUGACGUACUAUGUCGAAACUGAGUCAGAGAUAAUUUCAAUAUUUGACAUAAUCUCCUAUCAGCGAGCUGCGUGCGUCAUUAAAAUGUUUCAUCACGCAUUCGAUCAGAAGACCUUCUUACGUGGCAUCAAUAGAUUUCUGCGUAAAUAUCAGUACACGGUGGCGAAUGAGUUAAAACUUUUUGAGGCUCUACAAGCUGAGAUUGCAGAGGAUGAACAGUUCGGAGCACAAAGCUGGAGUAAAUCCAUUAGUGAUAUAAUGCUUUCUUGGACACAUAGUGAAUGGAUACCGAUUGUAACAGUGAAGCGUAAUUAUGAUGACAAUACCAUAACAAUUACCCAACGUUCAAACGAUUUACACUCACAGGAAUAUUGGUGGAUACCUAUAAAUUUUGCCAUUCCUAAGGCUUAUGACUUUGAACGUACCAGUGUGGAUUAUUUUAUGCCACCAACAGCUAAAGUAACUUUAAGCAUAGAAGAUUUGAACUUAGAUUUAGAGCGUUAUGACUGGUUGAUUGUGAAUAAGCAGCAGACCGGUUUCUAUCACGUUCACUAUGAUACCCGAAAUCUACUUAACAUAGCCAAGCAGCUGCAAGCCGAUCAUAAUGUUAUACAUCCAUUAAAUAGAGCUGCCAUAUUUCAGGAUCUAUGCCCACUAAUUGAAAACAAUGAACUCGAAUCAGUAGAUGUUAUCUUUGAAUUGCUCAAGUACUUGGAACAUGAAGAGCAUCUCAUACCAUGGAAUUUCGUUGCAGAUACUGUGAUUUUCUUUGAUAAAAAUCUUUUUGGCACUGCCGCUCAUGCACGCUAUAAACAGUUCAUACGUCGUAUUAUAGCACCUAUUUUUAAGCAGCUUUUUGGUACGCAUGUGAAAGCUAAUUUAACCAAUACCGACUUACAAACCAGACAGAAGGUGUUGGACAUGGCUUGCAUGGCAGACUUGAAGGAGUGUUUGGACUUUACGCAUGGUAUUGCGCACAAUUAUAUGUUUGGACACAUCAAGUUGAUGGCUGAUAUGGAUUACUAUGCCAUGCAUGACUCAAUUUUGUGUUUGGGUCUUAAAUAUUUAGAUGAUUCUGAGUUUAAUCAGAUUAUGGACUUGUUGGCUAAGACAGAUAAAAAGUCACUCUUCUACGACGAUUUGAUUUACUCACUUCGUUGCACUCAAAACAAAGCUCAUUUGCAGCAGUACCUAGAUUUGCUUAUUGGUGAACACAACUCAAAUAGUAUAAUGAAUGAUAGCGAUUCAAUGAUGUACUUCUUUUAUUUGUACAAAGUUAAUAUGGCAUCUAGAUCGGUGGUAUGGCGCUUCUUUGAACAGAACUAUAAAAAACUUUGCCAUUCACAGUACUUUGCUGAGAACUUCAAUCGCAUUGCAGAAUAUAUACCGCAAAGGCAUCGUGAUCAAUUCAUGCAAUUACGUCAAGAUAUUAUAGAUGAACUACAGACUAACAACAUUGGAGAAACAGACACUCUUAUAAAUACCGACUCGAAUCGCAUAGGCAAAAGAGUGAAACUAAGUGAAGUUUUCGUGGAAAAAUUUCAUCGUCAAAUACAUGAUUGGCUCAAACGAGAACAAAAUCCUUCAGUAUAUGCAGCCGCUUCCAUUUCUGGAGGUAGCCGGAAUCAUGCCCCACAAUUGAAAUUCUCUCUGCAUAUGGUAACAAAAAUAUUUAAAAGGAUUUUGCAACUCAAACUGUAGUCAAACAAGAACUCUCAACAAAA